UCUUACUUGGUUUAAGGACUCUCCCAUUCUUUCCAACACGAGAUGAAUACGAUAAUCUUUGCAAGCCUUCUUCUAUCUGCUGUAACUGCUCAUGCAUACCCAUACCUAAGUCACCCAGAAGCAUCAUCCGCUUAUGCAUACGACUCUCAUGGUCAUCUUCUCUCUGCUCAUGAUUCCCACGGAAGCGGUGUCUACGGCAGUCACGGUCUCCAAAAAGACUCGGGAAUCGCUGUCCAUGAUAGCCAUGCUAUCUCGUCUCAUGCGGAUCGUAAGGCUCAUGAAGUAGACAGUGACCAUUACAACAAAUAUAAGAAUGUUGGCGCCUACAGCCAUGAAAAAGGAGAUGGAUUUGAGAAGACAUACCAUUAUGAAAAAGUGAAUGGGCACCAUGACAUUGUUGCUGACCACGACGCUUUAAAGACAUCCUACGGUAACCACGGUGCUAAAUCAUACCACGACUCUCGAGAUCAUGGAGCUAGUGGUCACAGCUCUUAUGGAUCUUACAACAAGUACGGAGCAAAUAGCUUUGGUUCCCACGGACAUCUGGAUUCUGCUUAUGGUAAAACUGGACACGGACACAGCAAGCAUUCUACAAGUGGACAUCUGCUCGGAGGCUACCCUGUUGUUCAUGGAUUAGAAGGAUACACGACCGUUCUUCAACCUAUUGAGCACGGAGUAGGAGGGUAUACGGCCGAACAUCGGGGAUAUCCUGUUGUUAAAACAGCUGAAUACAGCCCCAUCCAUGGAAGCAGUCACGGUUACUCAAAGGUUUAUUUCAAAGGACCAGGAUAUGGAUAUCAUUACUGA